AUGUAUAUGCUAUCUAGCAUUGCUUUGUCUUUACUCGCUGCACCCUCGGUGCUGGCGGUAGGACCGAAGAUACCUGCUCCACCUGCGACUGGCUCUUCAUCAAAGGAUAGUAUCCAGGCGUCAACAUUCGAGCAACUUCUUGAUCAUAGUGAUCCAAGCCUUGGAACUUUCUCCCAAAGAUAUUGGUGGAAUUCUGAGUGGUGGGCUGGAGAGGGAUCACCUGUUGUACUUUUUACGCCUGGUGAGGUGGCAGCUGAUGAAUAUACCGGAUAUCUGGAUAAUGAGACGAUCACUGGUCUCUACGCGCAGGAGAUCAACGGUGCUGUGAUUCUACUUGAGCACCGCUACUGGGGAGAAUCUUCUCCUUAUGAUGUGUUGAACACUGAGAACCUGCGAUACCUGACAUUGGAAAAUGCCGUUCAGGAUCUUGUGUACUUCGCGAAGAACGUGGACCUGGAAUUCGACACUGAUAGCAGCAGCAACGCUCAGAAUGCUCCUUGGGUUCUCAGCGGAGGAUCCUACAGUGGAGCCCUCACAGCCUGGACCGAGUCAGUCUCUCCAGGUACAUUCUGGGCAUACCACGCAUCCAGUGCUCCUGUGGAGGCCAUCUAUGACUACUGGCAAUACUUCAAGCCUAUCCAGGAGGGAAUGGCCAAGAACUGCAGUGCAGAUGUCUCCAGAGUUGUCGACUACGUUGACGAAAUUGCCAACUCCGGCACAAAGGAGGAGCAGCAGACUCUGAAGGAGCUGUUUGGUCUCGGUGACUUGGAGCAUUUCGAUGACUUUGCUGCUGCGCUUGAGAAUGGUCCUUGGCUGUGGCAGGAAAAUGCUUUCUACACCGGAUACUCCGAGUUCUUUGAAUUCUGCGACUAUGUUGAGAAUGUCGAUGCCGGUGCGAGCGUAGUGCCCGGCGCAGAUGGCGUCGGUCUUAAGAAGGCGCUUCAAGGAUACGCGAAGUGGUUUACGACUGUUUACUUCCCCGGAUCAUGCGCCAGCUACGGAUAUUGGUCCGACGAGAACAGCACAGCUUGCUACGACACUUACAACGCCUCCAGCCCUAUUUUCACCGAUAUGUCUGUAGACAACGAAAUUGACAGACAAUGGCAGUGGCUUCUCUGCAAUGAGCCUUUCUUCUACUGGCAAGACGGCGCUCCCUCUGAUGUUCAGACCAUCGUCUCCCGAAGUGUGGACGCAGAGUACUGGCAGCGACAAUGCCCUCUGUACUUCCCUACUGUUAACGGCUAUACCUAUGCUAGUGCGAAGGGCAAGACCGCUGCGGAUGUUAACUCCUGGACUAAGGGCUGGGAUCUGACUGAUACUACUCGUUUGACCUGGACUAAUGGUCAAUAUGACCCUUGGAGAGAGUCCGGCGUUUCAUCAGAUUACCGUCCUGGUGGUCCUCUUGCGUCCCGUGCUUCAGCCCCUGUCAACAUCAUUCCUGGUGGCUUUCACUGCUCUGAUCUCCUUUUGGAUAACGCUGCUGUGAAUUCGGGUGUUCAAAAGGUGGUUGAGAUUGAAGUUGCUCAGAUCAAGGCUUGGGUAGCGGAGUACUACAAGUAA